UCGCAGCACAUUUAGGGAGAGCGGACUUUAUAACAGCCAAACCCCGCUAUGUCCUUACGUCUUCGUGUGGCUUGAUUCUUCUUUGGUUGGUGAUUGACUCAGAGAGCAGCACAAGUCAGGCUCUGCAAGGCGUACGUGAAGGCGUGGACGAUGCUUUGUCAGUUGAAAAAUGUCGGUCCACGGCUGGAGGUGUGACGUGAUUCUUGGGAUGACAUCAGCAAGACUAUGCGAACUACGGCAUCAAUGAUGGGGUUACUGGAUGGGCUGACAAACAUAAAAGACCACACUCUCUCCCCGAUGAAUCUCCAUCAUGUUGCAGUCAAUAACAACACGAUAUCCAGCACAUCCCCCCAAACCUCACAUUUCCACUCCACAGCCGCGGCGUACGCGUCGAUACCACGACGGCCACAAAAGCCUCGCCAGCCACUGCUAUCUGACAAGCUGUCUGUCAACAUGUCUGACAAGAUAAAAGCGGCGUACGGACAUUUAAAGGGGGGGACAUCGAGCAAGCAUAGCGGCUCCAGGGUCUAUACUUCGACGCAAGAGCUAGACGAAGCCAAGCAGUCGUUUGAAUCUCUUGCUUCGACUUUGAACGCCAGUCAGCGAGGCAACAAGGACGCUUCACCAAAAUACAAGAAGAGCGACGACAUGUACCGCUGGGGCUUCGUGCCGAAGAUGCAAUAGACUUUUGCGAUCAAGAUGGACCACCGGCGCAGAAGUCAGAAUGCCACCUGGCACUGAUAAUCGAUAGCAGACCUGCAAUCGAUGGAUUGGAAAGCUUUUGCCAGCCGCGUCUCUAAAGAUU